UACAACUAAUCUUUUAAGCAGGUGUCGUUGAUUUACUGCUUGUGUAAACAAUUGUUUACUAUUUAUAGACGCGCCCCCUUGGCUAACGCACAGACUCUCACGCUCACAUACAAACACUCUUUCUCUGUGUAAAUCAUGCUGAAGGCGCGUCUGGAGUUCGAUCCACUAUACGGCCGUUGCCUGGCUACCACAGAGGCAGUAGAGCAUGGCGAGCUUGUGGUAGAGGAACUGCCCUUCGCCUAUGGGCCAAAACGGGACAGCGGCAUAGUUUGCUUGGGUUGCUACCGAUAUCUGCAAUUUGGCGAGGAUGGUGAUUCGGUGGAUCGCUGCGAGCUGUGUGAUUGGCCGUUGUGUAGCAAUUGUGCUCAAGAUGCCGCCAGCGAUCAUCUAGCCGAGUGCGAGAUUUUUGCGGCAGCGCGUGUCACAUUUGCCGGCAAUGUUAGCGAUGAUGGCGUCUGUCCACAAUUAGAUUGCAUAACACCAUUGAGAGUGCUGUUGGCCAAGGAGCUGCAGCCAACGCGUUGGGACAAUGAAGUGGCGCCUAUGGAGCACCAUGAUCAGGCCCGGCGUGAGAACUCAGAGCUCUGGCAUGCGGAUCGUGUGAAUAUAGCGCAAUAUCUGCGUGGACCUUGCCGCCUAGCUGAGAGAUUUAGUGAGGAGCUCAUCAUGCAGGUGGUGGGCAUACUGGAAGUGAAUGCGUUUGAGGCACGCACCACACAAGGCUAUCCGUUGCGUUGUCUAUAUCCGUAUACAGGAAUCCUUGCACACAGCUGCGUGCCCAAUACGGCGAGAAGCAUCCAUCCCAGCGAGGGAUUCAAAAUACGUUUGCAUGCUAUGGUGGAUUUGGCAGCCGGUGAGCAAUUGCGACAUAGCUACACCUACACCUUGGACGGAACAGCGCAGCGGCAAUCACAUUUGUUGGAGGGAAAGUUCUUUCAGUGUCAGUGUGAGCGUUGCCUGGACGCCACGGAGCUGCAGACGCACUUUUCCAGUCUCAAGUGUGGACAGUGCACUGAGGGCUGGCUGUUGCCCAAGCUACCCACCGACAAAGACAGCAGCUGGCAUUGUCGUGCUUGCGGUCACAGCACCAGCAACGAGGAAGUCCAACAGCUGAUCAAGGCACUGCAGGCGGAAAUUGGACAAGUGCAAGCCUUGGAGCAGGGCUCUAAGCGUCUGGAGGAGGCGGAACGUCUGCUACGCAAGUACAAAUCUCUGCUGCAUCCAGCGCAUUAUCUGGCUACAAGUCUGCGCCAGCUGCUUGUGGAGCUGUAUGGACGUGUGCAAGGCUAUGAGAUGGCCCAGUUGACGGAUCAGCAGUUGGCACGAAAAGUGGAGCUCUGCCGCGAAGUGCUGGCCGUGCUGAAUGUGUUCGAACCGGGCCAGAGUCGUGCACGCGCCAUGCAUCUCUACGAGCUACAUGUGCCGCUCGUGCUGCUGGCCAAGAGUGGCUUCAUUGCCAGUCGGCUGAGCGGCUCCGAGUUGCGCACGCAUCUGGUGGAAGCUAUCGAUCUGCUCAAGGAAUGCGUAGAGAUCUUGCGGCAUGAGGAUGAGACGUCGCAGGAGGGUAUUCUAUGCGGUGUAGCUAGCCAGGCGCUAAAGCAGCUUUCCGUCAGCGUGGAAGGAUUGGGCACUGAACUGGACUAAGGUCAAGGUUUGAAUUAAAUUCAUUUUAAAAGGUGGCAGUACUAACAUAGGACCAAAUUAUAAACGUAUCGAUAAUUGGCGGCAAAUUUCAAAUUUGCAUUGUAGACUGGUGUUUGGUGUACUUAGUUAGUUUUUAUUGAAAACUAUGCUUAAAAUUGUUGACAAUUAAACAAUUGGCUUAAAACUCA